AUGGAGAUGUACUUCAAAACCGGGUUGGUUGAUUCAGCAAUGGGAGUGUUUGACACAACUGAUGAAAAAGAUUUGAUCUUUUGGAACACUGUGAUUACUGGCUUGGCAAGAACAGGCAGAGCAGCUGAGUCCUUAACCGUUUUUAACCAAUUGCUGAUGCACCGAGGUCUGAAACCGGAUAGAGUGACGUUUAUAGGGAGCUUGGUAGCUUGUUGUCAUGGUGGCUUUGUUAACGAAGGAAUUCAGAUAUUCUCCUCAAUGGAAAAGUGUCAUGGAGUUAACCCUGGGAACGAGCAUUACGCCUGUCUAGUUGAGCUACUUUGCAGAGGCGGUAUGGUCAAUGAAGCAAAGGACAUUGCCGAAAAUAUGCCUUUUGAGCCAAGCUCUCAUGUUUGGGAACCGAUUCUCUGUGCAUCUCUGGAUCUUGGAGACACAAGACUCGCUGAGAGAGUAGCUGAAAGAAUGUUGGAAUGUGAGCCAAAGUCGACGUUUCCUUAUCUUGUUCUGAUUAAGAUAUACGAGAUGACUUGGCGAUGGGAGAAGUCAGUGAGGAUAAGGUACGCCAUGAAUGAACAUAAGCUGAAAUGCGCUCAAGGAUCGAGCAAGAUCGGUUUGAAGAGCAGUGUGUAUAGAUUUGAGGCGGACCAGUUGCAGAUUCAUGGAGGUUAUGAUACUUGCGAAACCUUGGAAUUACUGUCUUGGGAUUCUGAUGAUCAGAGAACUCAAUGGUCUGCAGAACAUGUUUACUAA